AUGAUGAAGUGUAAGGUAAGGAUUGGACCCCCAGUACAAAGUAUAAUGAAGAAAGCUCUGAUAGUAGCGAUGAAGAGGAGAAAACUCCUGACCAGAGGUCUGAAAAGGAAGACAAGGGUACAACAACUUCACGUUACAAGGCAGUGUGGACUAAGCAUGGUGAAAAGUCAAGAGGAAAAGAGGAAGACACAUCCAGCUGCUGAGUUUGAUAAAAGUGAUGACCAGAUGUGCACAGAAAAAGAGGGUCCAACAGUGACACAGGCCAAGAGAUCGAAGAGUCCUGCAAAGAAAAAAGUGAAAAGGAAAGAGUACAGGUGGAGAAAGGCAGAAUUUGACCCUCCAGAUGUUCCAUUUUUUGAAAGUGCUGAUGAGGCCAUUGAAGAAAGGUCUGAGUUUACACCUUACAUGAAUUUCAAACAGCUUUUUACUGAUGAAAUGAUAGAGUUGGUUGCAGAUCAAACAAACCUAAUCAGUGAACACAAAUGUCAAAGAAACUGAGCAGGUUCUUGGCAUGUACAUGUUCAUGGGUUUGGUACAGAUGCCCAAUGUAAGAGCCUAUUGGAAAAUGUAAACAAAGUAACCCAAAGUUGCUGAUGUGAUAUCACAAGAUCGAUUUGAGAAAUUGCUAACACUGCUGCACCUCCAAGACAACCUCAGUGUGUCCGAAGAUUCAAAGAAGGAUAAAAUAUGAAAACUAAGGCCAUGGCUUGAAAAGCUACAAGAACAGUGCCUUUGUGUACCUCCUGAAGAGCAUCAUGCAGUUGAGGAGAUCAUGGCUCCAUUCAAGGGGAGAUCUCAUCUGAAGGUCUACAUGCCAGCGUAACCUCACAAAUGGGGGUUAAAAAUGUAGGAACAUGCAGGACAAAGUGGUUUCCUGUAUGACUUUGAUGUUUGUAAAGGGGCAGCAGAUCCAGACAAGGAAGGUCUGAGGUUUUGUGAGUGGAGAUGUUGAUCUCAAAUUGACAUCAACUUCCUGCAGGGAAGAACCACAAAGUGUUUGCGGAUAACUAUUUUACAUCACUUCCACUUUUGGAACACCUUCAGUAGAGAGGGAUAUACUACCUUGGCACCAUCAGGAUGAACAGGGUACCUGACUGCAGCAUUAGGGAUGAAAAAGAUCUGAGGAAACAGGGAAAAGGGUCUAUGGAUUACAGAGUCAACCAAAACAACGUGAUAGUUGUAUGAUGGUGUGACAACAAACCGGUCAACCAAGUGUCCUCUUUCACUGGCAUCACUCCCCAAGACUACGUGAAACUCUGGGAUCAGAAGACCAAAACAUACAGUAUGUCAUAGUUCCUAGAUCAUCCAUUGUGGAAACCUACAACAGAUUUAUGGGUGGUGUGGAUCUUCUGGAUAUGCUGUCUGCCCUGUACAAAUACAGCUUAAAAACCAGAUGAAUGUACUAGUAUAUUUGCUGGCAUAGUGUCCCAGUGGCACUCAUCAACGCUUGGUCCCUGUACCGAAGAGACCUGAACACACUGGACCUAGAGAAAAACACUAUGCCCCUGAGAAGUUUUCAGGCCUCAGUUGGCUCUUCCCUGGUAAGCACAGGAAUAGUAAAAGUCAGGGUUGGCACACCACUCUCCCCUCCACCAGUAUCCUCUCCAUCAAACUCCUCUCCACCACACUCCUCACCAUCACAAACACCAACACCAUCACCACCACUGAGGAGGAGACAAUCGACUAUUGUGCCUCCAGAUGUGAGGAGAGAUGGUGGACCACUUCCCAUCCUGGCAAAAGCGACAAAGAUGCAAGCACUUAAGGGUUAA